AUGACCACCCUUCAUUAUUUGCCUCCGGUUAAGCCAUCGGCCAUUGCAAUGGGCACUUUUUUCACCCACACUGCAUCGCUUGGUAUACUUGCUCCUGUUUUUGGUGAUACAUACCAGCGCGCACAGGCCGCCAACUCAAAAGAGGAGUUCAUCAGGUCCAAGGAGGCCGCUAGUGCAGUGGUUGCUUGGGGUAGCUCCUUGGUUGGAAGUGCUCUACAGACCUAUGGAGUGGCGGCCCUAAUCAACGCAACCGGAACACUGAGUUACAAGGGUGCAGCAUAUUUAGGUGGCUUGAUUUUCAUGGCCAGCGCGGCCCCAGGUUUCAUCAGCCAGCUAAUUACGGAAAAGAGGCCUCUGGACACUGUGGCUGUGGGCGCUGUUAGCAGAGUCUUUGAAACGGUAGGACUUGGGCUGUUCCUUAAAUGGUGGGGUACACGCACAGAAUCCUUUGAUUGA